AUGGGUCCAGGAGAGGCGGUGGGGUCCAUGGAGUCCGAGAAGAUGGGGUUUCUCAUCUUCCUUCCAGGGGUCUUCAUGCCUGUGGGUAUCAUUCUGCAGCCCUGGAUGGGAUCGGCAGCAAUGGCCGCCUCCUCCGUCUCCGUUGUCUUGUCUUCUUUGCUCCUUAAACUAUACCGUAAGCCGAGUCGGGAGAAGUUGGAGCUGCAGGCGGAAGGUCACCUGAUCCCCAGAUCCCUCUCCGACAUCAGUGUCCACGUUGGGAUCUCGGAGAACCGGAGGAGCUCCCCGAAACUCAACCUGUUUGACCGCUUUGUGAACUACAGCCGAGCGUCUCUGAACUCCCUGCUGACCGAUAAACCGACCCAACAGAACAUUCUGCUGGAUGAGCCCGACAAGCACACGCUUCUCAUGGAGGAGAUGAGGGGAGAAGAGGACACCUUCCUCUGAUUGGAUGCCAAAGGAUAUCUGGGGCCAAAGGUCACAGAGCGCUACCUAAGAGCCGGGGUCACCGGCCAC